UGCGCAUUUGUGGAGUAUUAAACGUGAAUUACACGGGUUUGGUCUGUAAUGGGGGAGAUUCAUGUGUUUUUUUGAGUCUAUUAAUUGGCUGCUGGGUCUGUUCAUACGCAAUCCACUUUCUGACCCCCAUAGACUUUCCCCGUCUGCUUGGUGUCUGCUAAGAAUGCUUUCCUGUAUUUGUUUUACUAAUUUCUCGCUAAAGACCCUACAGAAACCUAGUAAAAUCUCUUGUAGUGGAGUGACUGACGGAACCUACCAAUCUGACAAGGGAGUGCAACAGUAGUAGCACAGACUGCCACUUUAAAGUGAAUAUAAAUAAAUACGUAGCGACCGCAGAUAGAUUGCAACAGGUUGGCUUGAUCGCACAUCGCAGAGUUUGGUGACAGGAAGGAAGAGACAUCAAGUCACUAAGAAUCUUUCCAGUAACCUUGUAUCUAAUUUGUCGCAAGUGCCAUCUUUUUUGUGGAACAGAAGUCGUGUUUUACAGAUGGGCUUCUAGCAAAGCAAUCGACCUAGCCAAAGGAUUUCACAAGUACUGGAGCAGCUGGGAUGUUGCGACAGAACGCAGGAAGCAACAAACGUGGCCUGGGGUUAUCCCGAUUUUCUACCUCAAAUUUCUUUACUAUCUCCAAUUCAGCAAACUGGGGUAUGGGCCGUAGUACCAAGAGUAACUCCUUAAGCAGCGUCAGCUCUAACUCUGAUAGUUAUGAUAACCCCAUUGUGGAUUCGGAUUAUAUUAUGCAGCUGUCUAAUGAUGUUCGUAAAUUUGCAGAGGUACUGACAAGUUUGAAAGAGACCUUUCAUUCUGAAGAUAAUCAACACAGUUUGCAUCAUGUGGUCCACGAACGUUUGGGGGAGCUGUUGCGUGUGCUGAAAGCAGUCAUUAGUAAGCAUCAUACACUCAACUCUGUGGAUAUUCUAAGUGCAGCAGGGACAGUCAUCGCAAAAGUGAAAGGCAUAAACUUCAAAGAAGUUAAUGACAGCAACCGAAGAGACAUUUACAGUGACAUAUUUUCAGCUAUUGAUGCACUGGCGUUCACAUUUGGAAAUGUAGUUACUGACUUCCUUAUGGGAGAUGUAGACAAUAGUUCAUCACUGACGCUCCCUCUGACUCGGAGAAGCCGGUCCUUCGAAAACAUCUCUGUGGAGUCUGGAGGAUCUAUACAUGAAAGGGAUGAUGUACAAAGCAGAGAAUAUCUUCGAGCUGAAGAAGUUGAUAACAUGUUGCUCCGAAAUGACUGUGGGAUAGAUGCUGCACUAGCAUAUGCAAAAGCAUGGUCAAAGUAUACCAAAGAUAUCCUGGCAUGGUUGGAGAAAAGGCUCAGCUUGGAAGUGGAAUGUGCAAAAAACUUCGCAAAAAUGGCUGAAUCUGCAAAAAGCAUAGCAGGACAACAGGUGCACAUGCCUUUCCAGUCUAUUUAUGUUUCCGCUUUUGACAAUGACAUGGACUACAGUCAGCUAGUGCAACAAACGGCCACAGCUCUUCAGUCUAAUAGGUUUGUGCAGCCUCUUUUGGGAAGAAGAAAUGAACUCGAUAGACUGAGAAAAGAACUUAAAGACAAUUGGCAGCGUGGUCAGAGAAAAAUGCAAGAUUCAGAGGCAGCUGUAAAGAAAGCUCAACUUUUGUACGCACAGCGGCAAGAUGAGUAUAAAAAGGCCAAGCAAUCCACACUUCGAGCAGAAGAAGAAAAUUUGGGUUCUGGUGGCAUAAAAGAUGUCAGCAAACUAAUAGAGAAGAGGAGGAGACUGGAAGAGGAAGCACUGCAAAAAGCAGAAGAAGCACGUGAGCAGUGCAAGGUCUGUGUGGCUGAUGCUGCUGAAAAGAGAAAUGACUUAGAAAAUAUUAAAAGCGAAACCCUAAUGCAGCUCCGAGAACUGGUAUACCAGUGUGAUCUUACUUUAAAAGCUGUAACUGUGAACCUUUUUCAGAUGCAACAAACCCAAGUAGUUUCUCUGCCAGUUAACUUUCAGUCACUCUGUGAAAAUGCUAAACUUUAUGAACCUGGAGAACAGUAUUCUGAGUUUGUGAAAAGCUUACCACAGGAGAUUGGAUCAGUAGAAACCAUUUCACUAGAAACUCAAGUUUCCCAAAAUGCUGGGCUUUCAUUAGGGAAAAGGAAAAUAAACAGCCAUUCUUCACAUGGAAAUUUAUCCCAAGGCUCUGGCACUUCCAGCGAUUUCCCUAGCCACUCCACAGAAGAUGUUGGGAGCCCUGUGCAGUACAGGUCUGACCAAGAGCAGUAUAAAAGAUCCAGCAGCACUACUGACAGUCAAGCUUUGAAGGCACCAUUGCCUUUCAGGUCAUCAUCACUUGGCGGAAUGUGCAGUGACUCAGAAAGCAUCGGAGGAAGCAGUGAGUCUCGCUCUAUGGAUUCUCCCUCUGCCAGCCCAGGAGAUUUUAAACGAAGACUUCCACGAACACCUUCAACAGGUACCAUGUCCUCUGCUGAUGACCUAGAUGAGAGAGAACCUCCGUUUCCUUCAGACAAUGGAUUAAAUUCUGACAUUGCUUGUUCACCAGGACCAUUUAGAAAUGCACUUAUGUCUAAAGCUGCUCAGACACACAGGCUUAGGAAGUUAAGAGCUCCUUCCAAGUGCAGAGAAUGUGACAGUCUGGUUGUGUUCCAUGGAGCAGAAUGUGAAGAAUGUUCUCUUGCUUGCCACAAGAAAUGCUUAGAAACCCUGGCCAUCCAGUGUGGACACAAAAAACUUCACGGAAGGCUUCACUUGUUUGGUGUGGAUUUUGCUCAAGCUGCCAAGAAUGCCCCUGAUGGGAUUCCUUUCAUUAUCAAAAAAUGCACCACGGAGAUUGAAAGCAGAGCCCUGAAUGUUAAGGGUAUUUACAGAGUGAAUGGAGCAAAAUCAAGAGUGGAAAAACUUUGCCAAGCUUUUGAAAAUGGAAAGGACUUGGUGGAAUUAUCAGACUUGUAUGCUCAUGACAUUAGCAAUGUACUGAAAUUAUACCUCCGCCAGCUUCCAGAGCCCUUAAUUUUAUUCCGUUUUUACAAUGAAUUCAUUGGCUUGGCAAAAGAAAGCCAUCAAGUAACUGAUGAGAGUGAAGUGAAACCAAGCAGUCCUACAGCAAGAUGGAGGUUAUCUCUUUGUGCCGAACUUAGCCGGACAAUUUGUAAAGUACGGGAUCUUCUCCGAUUACUUCCACAAGCUAAUUACAACACACUGAGGUACAUCAUAGGACAUCUUCACAGAGUCACAGAAUGCCAAGAAGACAAUAAAAUGUCAGCAGGCAAUCUUGGAAUAAUAUUUGGGCCAACUCUUAUCAGACCAAGACAGACAGAUGCUACUGUCUCUCUUUCCUCUCUUGUGGACUAUCCAUACCAGGCAAGGAUGGUGGAGAUUCUUAUAACGUACUACGACAAAAUCUUUGAUGGCUUAUGGAACCCACAGUCACCAUCAGCUGUAGACUUGUCUUCUGAAGCAAUUCAUUUCAGUUCAUCUCCAUCAGAAGCACAGAAAGAGCCAGAUUGUAACAGGAACCUACAGCCAUGUACUGACAAAAAAGCCAGUGUGUUGACAGAAGGUGAGAACAAGUCUCCAGAAAUGAACAAAUCAUUCGAAGCACUGAAUGAAGAAGAAAAUCCAACAAGGAACUCUGAGGAUAAAGGAGUCAAAGCUGGUGUGUCUGUGAAAGAAGGCUUGGAUAAAAUUGCAGACUUUAUGUUUACACAUCCUGAAGGCAUCUCUAAAUCUGUUUCUUCACCAGCAAUCAGUUUACAGGUAUCCAAAGUUCAUAUGCGUCCUCCUAGAUUAAAGCCAACUGUUCGACCUGUGAGUCUACCAGUAGAUCGCAUAGUGAGCCCUUGUAUUUUAAAUGAAAAGAACACAAGAAAUGAAGAGUACCCUGUCUCAAAUAGCUCUGUAAAAAGUCCUACUAUUGAAGAAGUCUCUGAGAAUAAAACUAGCCCUUCUGCCACUAAUUUAAAUCGAUAUUCUUAUUUUGAAACUUCAAUAACCCGCAGACCUUGGGACAGGCAAUAUAAAUGUUAUGACAUGACGCCAAAAACUGCCAUGAUUAUGGCAAAUGUACCACAAGAAAUUAGAGCCCAUGACACUCUCAGAAGCCCUGAUACUGGGGGUCCGUCUGGUCUUCCACACUCAUACUAUACUAUUGGAAGCACAUCAGCAAAUACUACAUAUACAAAUAAGCCAUAUUCAAUUCCUGUAAGGACUUUAAGAACCUCAUCAGAAGGAACUUCUGCUUCUGAGUCCAGUGCUAUGUUUGGUUUGCGUGGUCCUAGAACUUUGCAGCCCCCUCCAGGUACAUUCUAUAGGCCUCCUAAUCGAGCAAAAGAGACUGAAGAUUCAUCAUCUAAAACAGCAGUGUCCACAAAAAGUGUACUAGCACAAAGUGAUAAUGAAGCUGAUGAAUCCACAAACUCUGCACAUGGACCUAGCGUAACAGGACAGCUUACAAAUGAACAAAAAGUAAGUGUGGAGGAAGUACAGCAAGCUGAAACAAAGCCAGUUUAUCAGAGACUGAGGCCUAAACGAGUACAGGAGCUUGAACAACGGGAAGCACAUUUUGUAUAAUAAACAAUACAUUUCACAUUUCCUGAAGGUUUUCAUCAACUGGGGUUUCUCCUGUGUGCCAUACAAAUACUAUUAUUAUUAUUAUUUUUUAUAUAUAUAUAUAUAUAUAAAGCUGUGUAAAAAUUAUUGAAAAGUGUGAUGUGAAGAAUAAUAUGUAUAUUCCAUGUUUCAUCUAAGGUCUUCUGUGUACUGUAAAGAACUUUGUAGAGAUGGAUUUGUAUGCAUGCUGCAAAACUAAAUAAGGAUGCACUUGGAUACUUUUGUAUUUAUACUGCAUUAAAAUUUAAAACGAAGUGCUUUGUAUUAAUGGGUAGAAGCCAUAUUACGUCUGUUAGUAAGUACUUAAUAUUAGAAAGUGCAGCAUUUUCACUUUUUGGAUGUAUAAAUUGUAAAGUAAAUCCAAUCUUGUACAGAAUACAUAUAACAUGUUUUUAAAAAUUACUUUAAGCAGAAGUGAAGCGUACCUUUUUCUAUAUAUGCAUCUCUCCCUUCAAGUUUUAUUUUAAUAACUGUGCAAUUUAGGCUUCGCUUUUGAAGUAUUAAAGGGCAAUCCUGCACAAUGGCCAAAUUGGCUUACUGUUUUGUAUAACUGCAUUUUAUAUCAGCAUGUUUUCUAUGUAACAGUUGUUUAUGUCGUCACUUUAUUAUAAAACUGAAGGAUGCACUUAAAGGCAUUUAAAAUGGUCAGUUUAAAAAAAAAAAAAAAAAAAAAAGAUUAUUCAUCUUCAGGUAUUACUUGAGAUUGUACACUUAGUACCAGAAGGUGUGAACAUACAUUUUCACAUGGGACUGGUGUUGAAGCUGCAACUUUUUUCCUUGUCCCAAAGUGUAUCCAAAAGGUCUUCCUGUUUAUUGUUUGAAUUAUGAUUGUGAACUGUGUUUAGUUUUUGUAACUGUUGCAUUAUAAAUGUGGAAAGGCACCAUGACUUGCUGCUUGCAAAGUGAAAAUGUUACUAAAAUCAAAGUAAGUGAAGUAAAGAAGCCUCAGUUUAUCUGAAAGGCAAUGUUGGUUCUCUGUAUGUUAAAUGUAUUUUGUUUACUUGUACCUUUGCAUACAUGUACAUAUGUGCGUGUGUCUCUACAUAUCUAGAUAUAUUCAGAGGUGUGUGUGUGUGUGUGUGUGUGUGUGUGUGUGUGUGUGUGUGUGUAUGCUUACAUUCAUAGUAAACUAUAUAACUGCCAUGCAUAGUUCAUUUAGUGUCGUUUGUAUUGUUUUUUGUCAUAAAUGUUAUUAAAGCCCAUAAAUUGUUUUA